UGAUCAGGUUUACAUACAGACAUAUGCUUUCGUGUUUUCCUUGAGCUGUUGUGUUCGUUCGUUUUCUUCAUUGUUGUUCAAUACGUUCAGCAAAUCGUUAUGGCGUUGUUCAUUGAUGGAAGUUGCCUGAGAAAUCCGACGAAAGUUUUAGAAAGUAUGGAGACUUUCUUGGAGAUUUACAAGGAUUCAUUUGACAAAUGUGCAGAAGACUUGAAAAAUGUUGAUCUCAAGCAAGUCACAUCUGCUGACAACGUUUUAUAUGUUCAUCAAAGAGAAUUUGCAGUUUUCAAUUGUAAUUCAGAGAGUCUUUCAAAACUUGGUACAGACAUGGCAACAACCUGCCAUAUAGUUGUAUUACGGUGUCCAGCUACUAAAGUUACUGCUCUUGGUCAUUUUGAUGGUGUUGGAACAAGUCAGGGUGUGAAUGAAAUGGUCGAUGCAGUUUUGGAGGAAGUAAUUCAGCAGUCUGCUCCACAUUUAGGAGGUGUAGGCCUUAAUCUUCAUAUUAUUGGUGGUUUCAAUGACAGCAGAAAAAUAUCAGAUCGACUGUCCCUGGAUCUUAUAGAAGAAUUUCAUUCCUAUGAAAACAAGAGAGAUUUACCGAAAGCAAAAAUACACCUCAAAACCUUCUGUGCAUCAAGUUUGAAUAACAUGGUCGUUGAUAAACCUUUCCUUCCCCAUACUGUUGGGCAUCAUGAACCUAGCGAGACUCAUAAAGUUAAUUCUCCAGUUAUAUUUGGAAUAUCAGUCGAUGUAAUUACUGGUGAAAUAUGUCCUGCUACAUUCAAUGAUGAUGCUAAGCUACCAUUACGUGAUUUAAGAAGUGCAAGGUCAUUAAAUGGAGUAAGAGUUAUGGCAAAUAUUUACAGAUCAAGGGAAAAUUGUUUUGUUAUGGAACCAUUCACCUAUGACAAGAUGCCUCAUAUCGAUGAUUGGUUAGUUCAACCAGAUCACAUCAUACGAAGGUACAUGUCAACAUCACCCGAGGUAGAACCUCGCAAUUUUGAGGCGCAUAUACGACGAACUCUCCAGUUCAUUUAUGAUAAUCCUGAUCCAACAGUGACUGUGUUUCAGCAAAACAGAGCCCUUAUGUAUGACCCUGUGUUUACUGAACAGGGUAUUGUUUGGAAGGAAAGAGCGUAACUUUCCUAGAUGAUUGCAUAGAAUAGGUUAAUAAGAUGGCAUGGUUUGCUACAUGAUAAGGAUGUGCCCUAAUAGUUUUGUACUAUUAAAUUUCACCCUGCAAUGAAGUUUUAUUUUGAAGAAUCCAAAGGUAUCGAUUUUGCAACAAAAUCCUGAUAUUUGCCUUGAUUUUAUGUAUAUCAUAAUCCAUUGAAAUCAUCGAAAAUUGUAGAAUUACCAAAAACAGCAAUUUUGGUUUAAUCCAUAAAGUAAUAACAUUUAAAGUUUUACACUCUUGUCCAUAGUUCAUGUUCGUCUAUUUUACACAUACUAAGAGCAAUUUUUAUAUCCUUUUUUUAUCACAGUAAUAUGCGUACAUUACGGUGUAUUCUGUAUUUUGGGCUCACCUGCAAUAUGACAUACUACAUAAAUGUUUAAAUUCUUGUAUUAUUGAAGAAUUUUUGUAUUAACUUUUCUUCUAUUUACUAUUGUUAUCAGCCAAGACUGUUGUGUAUAUCAAAAUUUAAGUUGCACAAGAAUGUUGGUUUAGUGUUCUAUUUUGUGCCUAUGACACUCUUUAUGUUUUAAUUUUUGUUUUUUAUAGUUAACAAACUAUUUAUGUGUUGUGGGUGGUUAUUUGUUGUAAAUGAUGGUACUGAAAUUUGAAAUCAGGUUUAAAAUUAACUUUUAUAAAGCUACUGUGUAAUUUGGCUCACAAACGCAAAGUCGUGACUUUUUCGAUUUUUCAAUAUGUGACAUACCGGUAGGUUGCACUCCUGUUGUGAAAUAUCUGAGUCAUGCAUUGGCACUUUUGAUUUGCUUUAGGCUAGUAUUGAAAAUGACAUGAUUAAAAUAAUGAUUUAUAUAAUGGUAAUAAUAUAGCUAUUGCUCCAAGCAAGAAUUUAGUCAAAUCACUGUGAAAUGGCGGUCUUAUUGAACAAAAACCACCUCACUCAAGGGGAGAUAAUUUGCAAUAUUGCAAACCAGGCAUAUUGCUGAUUUUUUUUGAAAACAUGGUAGCUUCUUUUGUAUAAGUGGCUACUUGUUCAGUCCCAUGUUUGUGGACAUUAACUUGAAAUCUCAAUUGUAAAUUUUCAAUUUUUCGGGCUACAAAACGAGAUAAAAUUGAAUAUCAAGUUAGUCAGAGGUUGUAUAUAUUAUGCUGACUUGAAGCGCCUAUACAAAAGAACAGGCACCAUAUAAUGACUGUUGUCAUAACUGUUGCAUUACAGCCUACCUGCUUUACUCAUUUGCAUGCAUGCUAAUUUAAUUUAAAACGGAAAUGACAAAAGAGACGAUAGCUAUCCAAUACAGUGACGCUCAUGUACUAGGCUAUUUCAUUUCACUGUGUAUGAUGUUGUAUGCCAAAUGCCGUUUUUGUGUAUAAUAAUGGUAAAUAAUGGAAAUUAAUUUGAAAAUUAAUAUUUUAUUAAGGUCAAACUUUCAGGUGUCAAGCUUUUCUGCCUUGGGGCUGUAUAAUACAUACUAGACUUAUGUGGCCACAUAUGUGUCAAUGAGAUUUGUUCAUUUGACCGACGUGAAUAUUCAGGCGGGUACCGGUACCGUACUAGAUUAGCAAGUCUUGCCAAUAGUAUUAUCUCUAUUAGUUUUUAUUCAGACAAGUGUAUUUUAGGAUAGUUUUUGAUCGAAUAUGUAAAGUUUUUGCUUGAUUUUUUGCUUAAACUAGGAAUGUUUGAAUAGAUUGAUAUUCUAGAAUUCUGCAUGCAAUCAAUUUCUCUAUUUUACCGCAAAUAUGUGAACUUUUACUAGGAAACAUUUUACUUUUAUGAGGAAUUUUUGCAUAAUCCAGUAUUUCGAUUAUCUGGAUUUUGAGCUACUUCUGACACAAGAUAUGAGGUCUGAAAUAUUUUUGGUAAAACUAGAGAGUCAUUUAUAACCUUCUUUAUGUGUCAUACUAUGAAUAUUGAUUAAAAUUUUCCCAUAUAUUUGUAUCAGUGUCGGUGGUUGAUUAAUGAGUUUGAUCCAAUGUUGAUUAUGUUGAACCCACUUGAUAUUUUGAAAGUCUUGGUAAAAAAAGAUAUUCAAGUACUGCUGGAAAUUUAAUAUCAGCACCAUGUUUUUGAGCUGCUCUCGACAGCUGAGUUCUAUGUGCAAAUAACAUAAGAGCUGUUAAUGAAUUACAAUUCAUCUUAGACAGAUCUAUCAGAUCACCUUAUAAGACUACACAAAUGUUGGUUUUUUCUGCAUAAUUGAGUUUGCUUUUUAAGUUAAUAUUCAUUUUUGGCUAUUAAUUUUUAAUCUUUGGUCAAAAUUUUUCUACUAUACCUAAAGUAGGGUUGUGCAAUUUUUCCAAAUUUUUAUUGCUAUAAUUCUAGCCUAUUAGUCUAUUCUCAACAAUUACUUGCUGAUUUUGUACAUUUGCAUCUGAGUUAAAACUGUUAAUGUUGAUUAAACCUUUUGAUUAUCAUAUUAUCAUAUCUUUAGCUUUGAUUUUAUGAUUGUUCAUUAAUUUUUGAGUUGGGUGAAUUGAAUUUAUUUGAUUGUUCUCAUAUUAUUUGGGUACUCCCGUAGCAUGUGCAACAAGAUGGCGGAUACCGGAACGUAGUAUGUGUAUCAACUAUCAGGUUAGGGUUAGGCCAUAAUUUCAGGUACAAAUACUAUGGGAGUCACUUGGCUAGUCUCCGAACUCAUAAUAGAACUAAAAUAAGGAAAAGUGGAAUAAAACUAUGGCCUAACCCGAACCUGAUACACAUAUUACUAUGUCCAGGUUUCCGCCAUCUUGUUGCACAUAGUACGGGAGCGCCAUUGUUUGUCCUUGGAAAUACUGGUCAAAGGACAGAGUAUGUUUUUUUCAAUUAAUAGGUCAUUCAAACAUUGCAUUGUUUGGCUGAUGUAAAGUCUAUUAUUAGGUGGUUCUACUUCUGAUUUUUAUAAAAAAUUAUUUUCAUAUUUUGAUGUACCUCUCAGGUCAAAAAUGAAAAUGUCAUUCAUUUAUAAUGAUG